AUGCCGACUUUACGGGACAGCACCAUGUCCCACUCCAGCGAAAAUCCAAAUCAAGUCCGCGUAAAAGCCUAUUAUAAAGGGGACAUCAUGAUCACUCACUUCGAGCCGUCCAUCUCGUUCGAGGGUCUGUACGGAGAGGUGCGGGACAUGUGCUCCAUGGACAAUGACCAGCUCUUCACCAUGAAGUGGAUCGAUGAGGAAGGUGAUCCGUGCACGGUGUCGUCACAGCUGGAGCUGGAGGAGGCGCUGCGUCUCUAUGAACUCAACAAAGACUCCGAGCUCAUUAUCCACGUGUUUCCUAAUAUUCCAGAGAAGCCCGGGUUGCCAUGUCCAGGAGAAGACAAGUCUAUAUAUCGACGUGGCGCCAGACGCUGGAGGAAACUCUACUACGCAAGUGGCCAUGCUUUUCAGGCAAAACGCUUCAACAGGCGAGCACACUGUGCCAUCUGUACAGACAGGAUCUGGGGUCUGGGCCGACAGGGAUACAAAUGCAUCAACUGCAAACUAUUGGUUCACAAAAAAUGCCACAAAAUGGUCACGGUGGAGUGUGGCAGACCCAUGUUACAGGAGCCAAUCAUGCAAGGCCCAACAUCCAGUCAAUUAGAUCAAACGGAACAGCCAGGCGCGCACAAAGACUCCAGAGAAAGCCUGACUUACGACGGCGAAGAGAAAGAGGCCCGCAGCAGCAGAGACACUGGGAAGUCACCGUCCAGUUUAGGCCUAGCGGAUUUCGACCUGCUGAGGGUGAUCGGGAGAGGCAGCUACGCAAAAGUGCUUCUGGUGCAACUGAAGAAGACAGAGAGGAUCUAUGCCAUGAAGGUGGUGAAGAAGGAGCUGGUCAAUGAUGACGAGGACAUUGACUGGGUUCAAACAGAAAAGCACGUUUUCGAGCAGGCGUCGAAUCACCCCUUCCUGGUUGGCCUUCACUCGUGUUUUCAGACAGAAAGCAGACUGUUCUUUGUUAUUGAGUACGUAAAUGGAGGAGACCUGAUGUUCCACAUGCAGAGGCAACGGAAACUUCCAGAAGAACACGCCAGGUUUUACUCGGCAGAGAUCAGUAUGGCGCUGAACUACCUUCACGAACGAGGAAUCAUCUACAGAGAUCUGAAACUGGACAAUGUUCUCCUAGACUCAGAGGGACACAUAAAACUCACAGACUAUGGCAUGUGCAAGGAGGGUUUGAGGCCUGGAGACACUACCAGCACUUUCUGUGGGACACCUAACUACAUCGCCCCCGAAAUCCUCCGCGGAGAGGACUAUGGCUUCAGUGUGGAUUGGUGGGCUUUGGGGGUGCUCAUGUUCGAGAUGAUGGCCGGACGAUCUCCUUUUGAUAUCGUGGGCAGUUCAGACAACCCUGACCAGAACACAGAAGACUACCUCUUCCAAGUAAUAUUGGAAAAACAGAUCAGAAUCCCGCGCUCGCUGUCAGUCAAAGCCGCAAGUGUCCUCAAGGGAUUCCUGAACAAGGAUCCAAAGGAGCGGCUCGGCUGUCACCCACAGACCGGCUUCGCAGACAUCCAGGCUCACCCCUUCUUCAGAAACGUGGACUGGGACCUCUUGGAGCAUAAACAGGUGGUGCCUCCCUUCAAACCCAACAUCUCAGGAGAAUUCGGUCUGGACAACUUCGACGCACAGUUCACCAACGAACCCAUCCAGCUCACGCCGGACGACGAUGAUGUGGUGAAGAAGAUCGACCAGUCUGAGUUUGAAGGCUUCGAGUACAUAAACCCUCUGUUGAUGUCGGCGGAGGAGUGCGUGUGA